AUGAAACUCAAAGAAAGAUAUUCUCACCUCACAGAAUUCAGAUAGUAGCUUUUCGAUCAGUUCCAGGAAAUGGAUUCUGCUAAGACGUAUUCAAGCACCGUCUGCCACGUGGUGGGGAUGCCCUUUCCCGGUCGAGGCCACCUCAACCCCAUGAUGAACCUCUGCAAGCUCCUAGCUUUGAAAAGGCCCCAACACAUUCUCGUUACCUUCGUAGUCACCGAAGAGUGGCUCGGCUUCAUCGGCUCAGACCCUAAGCCAGCUAACUUCCGCUUCAACACCAUUCCCAAUGUCAUACCUUCCGAGCUGGGUCGCGGCAAAGACUGGCCCGCCUUCGUGGAAGCCGUAAACACGAAAAUGGAAUCGCCCUUUGAGGAACUCCUGGACCGGCUUGAGCCGCCGGUGACAGCUAUCGUGGCUGACACUUAUCUGCCUUGGGCAAUCGGAGUUGGGAACCGGAGGAAUAUUCCGGUGGCAUCGCUGUGGCCUAUGCCAGCGACGGUGUUCUCUGUGUUUCACCAUUUUGAGCUCGUCGUGCAGCACGGCCAUUUCCCGAUUGAAGUGUCAGAACGCGGAGAUGAGCUUGUGGACUACAUUCCAGGAGUGUCUGCUACACAUGUUGUAGAUCUUCCCACCUUUAUGUAUGGAAACGGUCCAGUAGUCUUGCAUCGAACCAUGGAAGGUCUUUCAUCGCUUUCUAAAGCACAAUAUCUUAUAUUCGCUUCUAUCCACGAGCUUGAAUCUGAAGCUAUUGACACUUUAAAAGCAAAACUUCCUUUUCCGGUGUACCCUAUUGGCCCCACCAUACCCUAUUUUGAACUUCAAAAGAAUUCCAAUUUAACAGAUGCUCACACUAGCGUCAACUAUUUUCGGUGGCUAGAUUCUCAACCUACAGACUCUGUCUUAUACAUCUCAUUUGGAAGUUUCAUUAUGGUUUCAAGUGCUCAAAUAGAUGAAAUUAUAGGUGGGCUGCAGGAUAGCGGUGUGAGAUACUUAUUGGUGUCACGUGGGGAAGCUAAUCGACCUAAAGAUACUUGUUGUGGUGAUAUGGGUUUAGUGGUGCCUUGGUGUGAGCAAUUGAAGGUGUUGUGCCACCCCUCAGUAGGAGGGUUUUUGACACAUUGUGGUUGGAAUUCCACACUGGAGUCUGCUUUUGCUGGUGUUCCUAUGCUUACUUUCCCUAUAUUUUGGGAUCAAAUCCCAAAUAGUAAAUGGAUUGUGGAGGACUGGAAGGUUGGAUGGAGGGUUAAAAAAGAUGUGACAAGGGGAGAAAUAUCAAAGCUUGUGAAAAGGUUUAUGGAUCAAAAUAGCAAUGAAGGGAAUGAAAUGAGGAAAAGAGCAAAAGAACUUCAAGAGGUUUGCCGAGGCGCAAUUGUUGACGUAAAAAAUGAAGGUUAUGUCUGGUUCUCUGCUCCCUGCUUGGCAGCUUGCCAAACUUUUUCAUUGGACGAGGAGAAGUCAAAGUGUCAAACGGAUGAUGAGUAUCCUGAAAUGGAAAACCUCCUAUGCGAUUGGGCUGCAAAAUUUGUCUUUUACAGUAACCAAUAGACUGGGUGCAUAUCAGAUAGUUGCACGUUAUUUUUUGAAGGCCAAUGACAAACAUA